AGCAGUGACUAUACGCCUCUUCCUAACUCGCUUUACUGUUUGUCCAGCCCUCCUCCUCCCCUUUCUCAGGAGCCUGCAUCCUUUUCCAUCGGAGUUUUGCCCUCUGUGUGUGUGCUGCCUGGUGUGGCUCCCUCUCUCGCCAGGAGACCCAGGUUUCUCUGGAAGUCAAGGCGACCUGUUUCGACGCUGAUAUUUGAUAAGUAAAGAGCAGGAUCUCUGGACCAGGAGAAGGAAAGAGGAGAGUUUUCUUAAAAGCAUUAGCUUGUGAUAACUAUGGCCAGUUUUUCAGCACUUGGAUUCCUAUUUCUUUGUCAGCUUUUGGCCACCUCCUCAGCUCAGAGACCUGGACCAAGAGGCCCUGUUGGACCACGAGGACCACCGGGAUCACCUGGCAAGGAUGGCAUAGACGGAGAACCUGGCCCACCUGGCUUGCCUGGACCACCGGGACCAAAAGGGGCAGUAGGAAAACCUGGGAAGGCAGGAAAUGCAGGUUUACCUGGACUUCCAGGAGUGGAUGGUUUAACGGGAAUUGAUGGCCCACCUGGACCGGUUGGACCACCAGGAGACAGAGGUGCAAUAGGGCCUGCGGGGCCGUCUGGACCAGCGGCCAAAGGACCUCCAGGACCUCCGGGACCUCCUGGCCCCAGCGGGCUCCCAGGUGGAAACGGGUUGCAAGGGCCACCUGGACCAUCUGGACUUCCGGGCUUUACUGGACCACCAGGCCCCCCAGGACCACCAGGUGUUCCUGGAGUUCUUCCUGAUGGAAAUGGUGACAUUCAGUGCCCAGCUCUCUGUCCCCCUGGACCGCCAGGCCCACCAGGAAUACCGGGAUUCAAGGGGCACACUGGUCAUAAAGGAGAUCCUGGUGAAGUAGGCAAAGAUGGUGAGAAGGGUCCACCUGGUCCUCCAGGUCCGGCAGGAUCCCCAGGACCUGUUGGCUUACAGGGACCACGUGGGUUAAGAGGCCUCACUGGACCACUUGGACCUCCUGGAGAACGGGGAGACAUAGGUUUCCGAGGGCCAACAGGAAUCCCAGGGCCUCCAGGAAAAGCGGGACCUCGUGGUGAUAGAGGACCUCAGGGUUUCCGAGGGCCAAAAGGAGAUACUGGUAGGUCUGGACCAAAAGGACCACCAGGGACUACUGGGCCCAUAGGAGAACCUGGCAUGCCUGGAAAAGAUGGUAGAGAUGGGACCCAUGGACUCGAUGGUGAGAAGGGGGAAGCAGCUCGCUUUGGUGUUCCUGGAGAAAAGGGACCAAAUGGACUUCCUGGAUUGCCUGGAAAUCCAGGAAUGAAAGGUGAAAAGGGGCAGCCGGGUAGUUCUGGAGAAAUGGGACACGCCGGUCCUUCAGGAGAGCCAGGUAUACCUGGAGAGCGUGGCAUCUCCGGUGAGCGAGGUGAACCUGGUCCAAGAGGAUCUUCUGGAGCAAUGGGUCUGCAAGGCCCCAUGGGAGUGACGGGUGUAAGAGGCUACCAGGGUCGUAAAGGUGCAAGUGGAGAGCCUGGCCGACCGGGUCCCACGGGGCUCCGUGGCGUCUCUGGUGAGAGGGGCCCUACUGGAGUCUCUGGACCCAAAGGUAACCAGGGCAUUGCAGGAGCAGACGGCCUGCCGGGUGAUAAAGGAGAGCUGGGUCCUCCUGGCCCUCCUGGGCAAAAGGGAGAGGCAGGAAUACGAGGUGAGGUGGGCCCUAAAGGAGUCCAGGGGCCCAAUGGAACAGCUGGCGUGCCAGGAAUCCCAGGUCAUCCAGGCAAAAUGGGUUUGCAAGGAGAACAAGGAGUCCCUGGGAUCACUGGGAAACAUGGCCCUCCAGGGAAAGAAUCCAGUGAACAACAUAUAAGAGAACUCUGUGGUGGAUUGAUCAGUGAGCAAAUUGCCCAGUUAGCUGCUAACCUGAGGAAGCCCUUGGCUCCUGGGCUCAUGGGGCGCCCGGGGCCUGCUGGUCCCCCUGGUCCCCCUGGGGCAACUGGGAGCGUGGGGCAUCCUGGGGCUCGUGGGCCCCCGGGUUACAAAGGACCCCCUGGGGACUUGGGAGAUCCUGGUCCUAGAGGAGACCUUGGUGAAAGGGGAGACAAAGGUGCCAUUGGCAAAGGUGUUGAUGGACCUGAUGGGGACCAAGGACCUCAAGGACCACCAGGUGUUGAUGGAAUUAGUAAAGAUGGUCGGGAUGGUGCUCCCGGUGAGCCCGGUUUGCCAGGAGAUCCUGGAAGACCAGGUGCCAUUGGGGUUCAAGGAACUCCGGGAGUCUGUGAUACAUCAGCCUGCAUGGGAGCUGCUCUGGGAGGAAAAUCCAAAAAGUCAUAAAACCGCAUUGAAAAGGAGUUGGAAAAGGGAACUGACUAUUUAAGUGAAUUGUUUAUACAUGAAGACAAAAACACUCUUCUUUUUUGUAAAAAAAAAAUGGAGAGGCAGUUCUCCUGUAAAAAUGAUUUAAAUGGACUUUGACAGUAUAUUUUAGUUCAACGGAACAGGAAAUCAGCAGAUGGAAAGUUACACAAAGUAGUAUAUCCCCUACAAUUUGUUUCACAUUUUCAUUUACAGUAUUAUUUGUUGCUUGCCCUACGGACGAGAUACCCCUUUACUCCUGAAAUCUGAAGUACUUCCUAUUUAACAUGCCCCUUUUUACACACAACUGGACUAAUUUUCUAACAGCUACCUGUGUUAGUUUGUGUGAACAUAAAAUCCCAUUGUCUUUCGGGACUCUUAUCUAACCAUAUACAGAAGUGUAGUUGUGAAGGCUUCAUGCACGGAACAGAUAACCAUCUUGGACAGAUAAUAGCGAUACAGUAUUUGUUAUGUAGCGAUUGUGAACUCAUAGCCCCAUCAGCUGGUCAUGGAUGCAACUGCAUGUACACAAUCUAUCUCUUUCCAGUUUAGGAACCUGAACACACAUACCUCUAGCUGAAUUGGGGAAAAUAAGCAUAGAAAGAGUGAGCUAAGUAAAACAGAGUUCAUACAAGCAGAAUCCUAGACUAUAUUGAAUAUUUGUUUGAUUGUACCUAAUACCACAACCAAUUUUAGGUGUACACAAUGAAAUUUUCCCAGUUUGUUAUGUCAAGAUUCUUUAUGCGGUUUCAGGAGUCAUGCCAGAGCUUUACCUGAGUCUGUUUGUGUGUGGGACUUGUCUCAAAAGCAAAGGGAAUUAUAAAAUAGGGGCUCCAGGAACAGAAGCUGUCACAUGGUCUCAUUUCCUAGGUCUCUACAACUAGAAAUGAACGUUUUCCAAACCGACUCCACAUAAGGAUGACUAUGUAUCUCUAUCUAUUUUACAAGGGAUAUUUUUUCCAUAUUACCCCAUGGGGAAAACUGUACUGACAUCCGAUACCCUCUGCACACUAUUUGUGCAAACCUUACAUUAUAGGUUAUCAUUCCUCCCUCCCCCCAAAAAACAUUAACAUGUGCAUUAUUGUAAAAAAUAUUUUUGUAACAUUGUACCUGCCUGUUUGAUAAUAAGGGUUUUGUUUUUUUUUGCCAAUUCUAUUAUUUUGCCCCUGCUGAUUGGAAAUAAAGGUGCUACACAAAUGUGA